CCCGCUUCUCCCUCCCGCAGCUCCCGGCCCUCUGAGGCGCCGGGGCCCUGCCGGGCGCCGCCGCGUUGCCAUGGCGCGUCCCGUUCGGCCUGGCCGGGCCUGAGCGGCGGGGCCGUAGCCGGGCCGGACACCGAGGACCCCGAGCCUCGCCCCGGCCGCCGCGGGCUGCCGGGGCCCGCUGGCCGCCGCCCCGCUGGCCGCCGCCGCGCCCCGCCGCCGUUCCCCUCCGGCCCGUGGCGGCGGCGGGCGGCGGGCGGAGCAGGGAAAGAUGGCGGGGAACGGCGGCGGCGGCGGCUUCGGGGAGAUCGUCCAGCUCAACGUGGGCGGCACCAGGUUCAGCACUUCAAGACAAACACUGAUGUGGAUUCCAGACUCCUUUUUUUCCAGUUUGCUGAGUGGAAGAAUUUCAACACUGAAGGAUGAAACUGGUGCUAUAUUUAUUGAUAGAGAUCCAACAGCGUUUGCACCCAUUUUAAAUUUUCUUCGCACAAAGGAGUUAGAUUUACGGGGUGUGAGUAUUAAUGUUCUCAGACAUGAAGCUGAAUUCUAUGGAAUCACUCCUUUAGUGAGAAGACUGCUUCUGUGUGAGGAACUGGAACGCUCAUCUUGUGGCAGUGUCCUGUUCCAUGGCUACCUGCCUCCUCCAGGCAUUCCCAGUCGUAAAAUAAAUAAUAAUGCUGGGCCACCAGCUGAUGUUAGAACUGGUCAAAACUGCUCUGAGAGUGAGAUUCAUGGAGGUGGCGUCCAACCUACGCUAGCCGGUACUGGAGAAGGUACAGUCAGGCUAGGAUUUCCUGUGGACCCACGGAAAGUUUUAAUAGUAGCUGGUCAUCACAAUUGGAUAGUAGCUGCCUAUGCUCAUUUUGCUGUUUGCUACAGAAUCAAAGAGUCAUCUGGGUGGCAGCAGGUGUUCACGAGUCCCUAUCUGGACUGGACAAUUGAGCGAGUGGCUCUCAAUGCGAAGGUGGUUGGAGGACCUCAUGGGGACAAGGAUAAGAUGGUUGCAGUCGCCUCAGAGAGUAGCAUAAUCUUGUGGAGCAUUCAAGAUGGCGGUAGCGGCAGUGAAAUCGGAGUUUUCAGUCUUGGAGUCCCUGUAGAUGCUCUCUUCUUCAUUGGCAACCAGUUGGUGGCUACAAGUCAUACAGGGAAAGUGGGAGUGUGGAAUGCUGUGACCCAGCACUGGCAGGUUCAGGAUGUUGUUCCUAUCACGAGCUAUGAUACUGCUGGCUCUUUUCUGCUGCUGGGCUGUAACAAUGGCUCUAUCUACUAUAUAGACAUGCAGAAGUUCCCAUUGCGGAUGAAGGACAAUGAUCUUCUAGUGACAGAAUUGUACCAUGAUCCCUCCAAUGAUGCUAUAACAGCACUCAGUGUCUACCUCACACCUAAAACAAGUGUAAGUGGCAACUGGAUUGAGAUUGCAUAUGGCACCAGCUCUGGAGCAGUGCGGGUGAUUGUACAGCACCCUGAAACAGUUGGGUCUGGGCCUCAGCUCUUCCAGACUUUCACAGUUCAUCGAAGCCCUGUUACGAAGAUCAUGCUCUCGGAGAAACACCUUGUGUCAGUUUGUGCAGAUAACAACCAUGUACGGACAUGGACUGUGACUCGGUUUCGAGGCAUGAUUUCAACUCAGCCAGGCUCAACGCCUCUUGCAUCAUUCAAAAUCUUAUCCCUGGAGGAAGCAGAGAGUCAUGGCAGUUACUGUUCUGGAAACGACAUUGGACCCUUUGGUGAACGUGAUGACCAACAGGUGUUUAUUCAAAAAGUUGUUCCCAUCACCAAUAAGCUCUUUGUAAGGCUGUCUUCGACUGGGAAAAGAAUCUGUGAGAUCCAGGCAGUUGAUUGCACUACCAUCUCAUCCUUUACUGUACGAGAAUGCGAAGGAUCCAGCAGAAUGGGCUCUCGGCCGCGCCGCUACCUCUUCACUGGGCAUGCAAAUGGCAGCAUCCAGAUGUGGGAUCUGACCACAGCCAUGGACAUGGUUAAUAAGAGUGAAGACAAAGACGUUGGUGGCCCCACAGAGGAAGAGCUUCUGAAGUUGCUUGACCAGUGUGACUUGAGUACAUCUCGCUGCGCCACUCCCAACAUCAGUCCUGCCACAUCAGUCGUUCAGCCAAACCGGCUGCGGGAAUCUAAUUCCAGUCUCCAAUUACAACACCACGAAACAAUCCAUGAAACAGCUACAUAUGGUUCUGUGCGGCCAUACAGAGAAAGCCCCCUAUUGGCAAGAGCAAGGCGGACGGAGAGCUUUCACAGUUACCGGGACUUCCAGGCUUUUAACUUAUCCAGCAAAAGCCCAGUCGAAAAGGCAGCCCCUGCAAAUGGGAAUUCAACCCCGACAGAGGCAAAGAAGGCAACAGCUGAGGGCAGCGCAGCUGAGAGGAAGGCAGGCCUGGCAACAACACUUGAAGUGCGAGGCACUGGCCUGACGGAUGCAGGUGGAUGUUGCAGCACAGAGGUUAACAGGCUGCCAGAGAGUUCGCUGGAUGUCAAGAGAAGAGGACUGGAAGAGGAGAGUGAAGCCAAAGCAGAAAGCAAGAAGAAAACAGGGUUUGAAGGAGCUGGUUUCCUGGGGAGGAAGAAAGUGCCUCUCCUGGCCUCUGCACCAGUCCUUGUUGAAGGUGGACCUGAAUUACCUGGUGCGGCAUCUCCAUCACCUACAAAGACAGCUGCUUCGCCACGUCACCGGAAGAAUGAUUCAUCUUGCCAGGACUAUGGGUUGUGAAAAUGGGACUGGUGGCAAAGAUGAGGUGCAGGUGCACUCUGCCUGGUAGCAGACAUGACACUCACUGCGUGUUGCAGGUUUCUUCUUGAACGGGAUUUCGUUUUGGUAUACAGAAUGAAAAUUGUAAGGAAGCAGGUUGUGAGAAAGUACCUGGCUGCUGCCAAACAUUUGAAGAGUCGACACAUCAGUGUGCGGCUUUAUGUAAUGCUCCAAAAUGUAGUGCGGUACUUGGUCCAAAAUAUUGUUGUGCAUUGCGUAAACAUGGUCAGGCAUGUGCUAUGUUGUGAUUAUUUGGGGGGUGGGAGGGAACGGGGUACGAGGGUGCUAGGGAGUACUUGGUUGCUUGGUGGAAGAUGCCUUUCAGACACAGCGCGCAUUGCUCUGCGGAGCUGCUGCUGUCUUGGCUGGAUUCUGCCUGAUUCACAGGGCUGCCUUUGUGGUCUUGUUUUAUGAAUGGGAUUCUUGCUCUGUAUGCUGCUGUCUGAAAUCUGAAAUGUUUUGUCCAGGUAAAGGAGGAAGCUAUUUAAAAUAGCAUAUUAUAUUGCCUCUUAGUCCUAAUAAAUUGCCAGAAAAAUGUUG